AUGUUCAGCGCUUCUUAUCCGGCACCACCAGUCACGUUGAGAGGCAACUAUGCUGCAGCGGUGCAGCAGACCUCCAAAAUCAAUACUGCGGCCCACUCGAUCAGCCGCACCGUUGUUGUCGGCGCGGCUGCGGUGGCCUUUGGCGCUUCUGCAGUCUUUGGCAGCUCUCUUCUCUAUGCGUCUUUGCACAGCGCGGAGAAUGCAGCAUCUGGAGCGAGCACCAGCCCGUCGUGGUGGUCGAGCCUUGUGCGACGUCUGAGGUUCCGCAGUUGUGGUAAUGAUGAGGAUGAUGACGCCUUCGCCAGCGCCACAGGCGCAGAAAAUUUGUUCGACAAAGAGAAGGUCAAGGCCCGGCAGAAGCUCCCGCGCGGCAAGGCAAAAGGCACAACACGUACUCAGACAACCUCUGCCACUAUCGCUUCUGCGGGUGACGCCGCUGGCGCAGAUUCAGCGACUUUACCGAAGCUUGCAGGGUCCGCGCAGUUCGUUCUGGAUGCAAAGGAGGAGCUCAACAUGCUGGCCAACGCCGAGGAAAUUCGGGAACGAGAACAUUACAUCAAACUGAUGCGCGCACUUUUGCAGCGCGAGGCAGGCGUCGCGUACGAUGACGACAACGACAGCACCACUAGCUCCGACUCCACAGAUGUAUCACUGAAUUAUCACCUGGCCACCGCGAUGGAGGGGAACGCGCGGGAUGAACUGCUGAUGGCCUUCUCCACCUACGGCAACCUCAGCGGCGACACCGUGUACAGCAGUUUGACUCGGGACGCCGGAGACGAGAGUCCAGCAGACUUGCAGCUGAACAUUAUGAUUAAGACCCUCGAGUAUCUGGACAUGUCGAAUGAGCGCGAAAAGCUGCGAACUCGCCGCAUUGCCAUGUACCGCGAGACCGGCCGUGCCACGCCUGUCUCCUCGCUCGAUGCGGCCGAGGGAGGUGAGGAUGACGGCGAACGCGAUGGAGACGAAGGUGCCAUAGUGGACUCAAUGCGCUAUCAACUCGCUGCUCGCUGCGCCGCCGCCCGUUAUGGUAUGACCGGGCCCAUGGACAAGGGGGUCAUCGAUGGGGGCGAUGAGGAGGGCUACCCGGGCCCCAUGGGGCGGCAGGCGCAACGCUUCCAGUCAAUGAUGGUGUGCCCAUCGAAGAUGAAGAUGCCAGCGGAUGACCGAAUGAACAUUGAUCACUCGGUCUUAGAUCGCAUUCUCGGCGAGGGCCCCACGAUGCGGUCGAAUCCGGCCAUCUCUGGAGCUGCGUCCAACGGCUAUGCCGCUCCGUGGGCCAAUCGUGCCGACAUGAUGGAGGACGGAUGGGAGGCCGAGGACGACGACGAGGAGGCGGAGCUCAUGGCGUAUCUGCAGCAGGCGGACAACGCCUUGCACUUUUACUCACGUGAGGAAAUGCGACGCGCCAGGCGCGACCCAGCAGACGACAUCCGCAUUGUCGGGAUGGAUGACAAUGCUUUCGGCAAGGAUGACGCGGAGAGUGAGUGGGAGGACGAGAUGGACGAGGAGGACAUGGUCAACACGGAUGAAGAGGACGAUGCCCAGUUGGAUGAGGAGGACGAUCUCGCUGCCGCCACCCCGUGGAGCCGCCGCGACAAGAGGGAUUUCGAGAGGGAGUUGUUUGAGCGCAUUCGCCACUUGGCGAAGAGCUUCAGCCUCACAGACGCCAUGGCAGAGCGGGAGGUGCUGGAAGAGGACGGCCGGAAACAGGCGGCCCGGAAGCAACGACGUGAGCAGGAUUCUCACUCUAGCACGAAGGCCGCAGUUGACCCUGCCCCUGCCGCCGCGGCGGACGACAUCGCGGAGGACAAUGAGGAGUGGGAAGAUGAGGCAGACUGGGAAGACGCUUAA